UAUAUAAUAACUAUUGAACUUACUGUCUUCCUCGCCUCCUUCCUCUCUCCUUCCUCUCCUCGAACCGAAAACUCUUGCAUCUGCUCUUCUUAACACUGUCCACCAGGGUCAGUUUCUCAUAUUUUUCCUACCAAGAAUGUCUAACCGAAGGUCGUCCGUGAUGCAGUCAGGUACUCCCUCAAGAAUCACCGAUGAUCAGAUGAUCGAACUCAUCUCCAAGCUCCGCCAGCUCCUUCCCGAGAUUAGCCAUAGCCGCUCCGACAAGGUUUCAGCUUCGAAGGUGUUGCAAGAGACGUGUAGCUACAUCAGAAGCUUGCACAGGCAGGUGGACGACCUCAGCGAGCGGCUGUCGCAACUGUUGUCCACAGUUGAUGCCGAUAGUGCAGAAGCUGCCAUUAUUAGGAGCUUAAUCACGUGAUCAAUAGCUCUCUUAGGGUUGGGAUUAAUUGUUAAUUUGCUUCAAUAUUUAUCUACUCCUCUCUCUCUCUCUCUCUGGGGUCUUGGUCUAUCUAUCUAGAGGAAACCCAGUCAGGAAAAUUUAGCUUUAUUUUGAUUAUCCCGAUCAGCAUAUAUAUAUAUGUAUUCAAUCUAAUUUCGUGGGUAGUUAUGCAUAAUCAAUGUAACAAUGAUGCUGUGAUACUUUGUGUUUUGUCCAUUGUGUGGGAGUACUAAUUAGUUGUCAUUAAGCGUUCGCUACUAGUACUAACAAGUGAUGAUAACAUUUUUGCGGUGAA